CUAGUGUUGGAGACAGGUACAACGUCUUUGAAAUAAACAAAACCUCUCUCUUCAUUUGGACUAUUAUAGGGUUUUCACUAGUUUCCACCUUUUCAAAUCGCUGAUGGUGGAGGUACGAAGACGUUCAUGAAAAUGUUGUGCUCGAGCCUCUUUUAAUUCUUAUGGUGGUUUGAUGUUUUUGGAGACGAUCUCUUUGAUGGAUUAACGAUUGUGGUUUCACGAAAUGAACGGUGAAGUUCAUAGUAGCAAACUGUCCAAAUGAAAGUAUACACAAAAACCCUAAAUGAUUUUCACUACAUUUUGAUCGCAUAAAGUAACGAACUCAUUUCCAGCACAUCGAAUCAUCUUCUCAACCUUCCUGUAGAAACCCCCUGACUAGAAGUUGUUUCCAAGCGUUUGAGUUUAGGGUUUCCUCGAAUUCCAUCAUAUUCUGUGGAUUCUUAGGGUUUUUGCUUUCAUUCCUCUGUUUUUUUCACACAGUCGCACAAUGGGCAGAAAAUCCAGAAUGUCAAAACAAGUAGUCAAAGUCGACCGGAGGAUAGAGCCUGAAGACCUUGACGAUGAAGACGAUGACCAGUAUGAGAAUGACGGUUUCUUAGUGGACGAUCUUGAAGAAGAUGAGGCCGGGGAGGACAGUGAUGAUGCUAAGCAAAAGAAGAGGAAGAAAAAGAGAGAAUCAAAGAAGACUUAUGUUCUGGAUGAAGAUGACUAUGAGCUCCUUCAAGAAAACAUCCCUGGCUAUCAUCGCCCAAAAAUUGAAAGUGAAAACUUCAAGCGGCUGAAGAAAGCAAGGGUUGAUGGUGAUGAAGGACCAUCAGCGGUUUUUGGUAAGGAAGAAUAUGACAGAAGUGGAAUGGCUAAGGAGAAGCUAACACGUACUUUAUUUGGGGAUGAUGAUGGUGAUAGCUCUGAAGAUCUGCUGGAUGAGGGGAAGGAUGCUUUGCUCAGUGAGGAUGAAAUAGCCGAUUUCAUUGUUGAAGAAGUCGAAAAAACUGAACCUGCUGCUCCAUCGAGGAGUGUCAAAGCUAACAAGAAAAAAUCAAAGAAGUCUGCAGGACACUCUUCAAGGCAGAGUGUUAAUGACAUAUUUGGUGGUCUUGAUGACAUCUACAAGUUGGGGCCAGAAAAUGUUAGCAAAUACAGUGAACCCAAUGAAUCGAAGGAAAAAAAGGUUGAAGAUGAGUUUGAACCAAUUCUUGUUCCAGAGAAGUACAUGAUCAAGAAGGAUGAGCACAUCAGGGAGACAGAUAUUCCAGAAAGAAUGCAGAUUUCUGAGGAAACCACUGGUUCUCUACCACCACAUGAUAUGAGCAUAGACAGGGAGAGCAUCUGGAUUCUUAAUCAAUUCAAAAUGGGCAUGGUACCUUGGUUUCACAAAGGAGGUAAUACAAGUACAACAACUGAAGAAGGAAAUGAGUUGCCUAUACUUAAAGACGAUGUUAAAAGGUUUUUGGAGCUUGUGCAUGUUCAGAAAUUAGAUGUUCCUUUUAUUGCUAUGUAUAGAAAGGAGGAGUGUCCUAGUCUUUUUAAGGAUAUACAAGUAGCUGAUGAGGAGAAUCAAGAUUUCUCUGAUGAUAAACCCACGCUGAGGUGGCACAAGGUGGUUUGGGCUAUCAUGGAUCUUGACAGAAAGUGGUUGCUAUUUCAAAAACGAAAAGGUGCUCUACAAAUGUACUACAACAAGCGUUUUGAUGAAGACCGAAACAUAUACGAUGAAACACGCCUUCAUUUAGAUCAAAAGUUUUUUGAGUCGAUUAUCAAGUCACUCAAUGUAGCAGAAACAGAAAGGGAAAUCGAUGAUGUGGACUCAAAGUUCAACCUCCACUUCCCGCCAGGUGAUGUUGUAGAUGAAGGAGAAUUCAAGAGACCAAGAAGAAAAUCACAAUAUGGGAUUUGCAGUGAAGCUGGAUUGCGUGAAGUUGCUUGCAAAAUCGGCUAUAGUUCUGAAGAAUUUGGAUUAUUGAUCUCUCUUGAACAAAUGAGAAUGGAUGAACUUGAGGAUGUUGAAGAAACACCAGAUGACAUGGCAUCAAAGUUUACAUGUCAAACGUUUGAGAAUCCACAAGCUGUGCUCAGAGGAGCUAGACACAUGGCUGCACUUGAGAUUAGCUGUGAGCCAUUUGUCAGGAAACAUGUUCGGGGGGUAUUUAUGGAAAAUGUAACAAUAUCAACAAGCCCCACUGUUGAAGGGAAGGCAACCAUAGAUUCCCAUCAUCAAUUUGCAGGGAUUAAGUGGUUAAAAGAAAAACCUUUGACAAAAUUCGAUGAUGCACAGUGGCUUCUUAUUCAAAAAGCUGAAGAGGACAACCUGAUUCAAGUUUCAAUCAAGCUUCCCGCAUCUUCACACGAUAAAUUAAUAAGUGAUGCUCAGGAGUAUUAUGUGAGUGGUGGUGUGAGCAAAUACGCACAGUUAUGGAAUGAACAAAGGAAACAAAUAAUCAAUGAUGCUUUUGAUGGUUUUCUUCUACCUUCAAUGGAGAAGGAAGCAAGAUCUUUAUUGAGAAGUAGAGCGAAAAGCUGGUUGUUAAUGGAAUAUGGAAGGAUAUUAUGGAAGAAAGUCUCGGUGGGGCCGUAUCAGAAGAAGGGACAAGAUGGGAAUUUAUCAAAAGUUCCAGCGAGAGUCAUGGCAUGCUGUUGGGGUCCCGGAAGGCCUGCAACCACUUUUGUGAUGUUGGAUUCAUUUGGUGAAAUUGUUGAUGUUUUAUCUGCGGGAUCUCUCAGUAUCCGUGGUCAAAAUGUGAAUGAUCAACAAAGGAAGAAAAACGAUCAACAACGGAUUGUGAAGUUCAUGAUGGAUCACAAACCUGAUGUUGUUGUUUUGGGAGCUGUGAAUGUGCCCUGCAGCAGGCUGAAAGAGGAUAUUACUGAGAUAAUUCAGAAGGCGCUAGAAGAUAGCUCAGAAGAUGGACUAAGCGUUGUAUAUGGUGACGAGUCUCUACCCCGUUUGUAUGAAAAUUCAAAUAUAUCAUCUGAGCAGUUUCCGUCUCAAUCUGGCAUUGUGAAGCGUGGUAUUGCACUUGGACGAUACCUUCAAAACCCGUUAACGAUGGCUGCAACUCUUUGUGGGCCCGGGAAAGAGAUAUUAUCCUGGAAACUUAGUCCUUUAGAGAGCUUUAUAACUUCGGAUGAGAAGUACAGCAUAGUUGAACAAAUCAUGGUAGAUGCAACCAACCAAGUUGGGGUGGAGUUAAAUUUGGCCAUAACCCACGAAUGGUUGUUUGCUCCUCUACAGUUCAUUUCUGGGCUGGGACCCACAAAAGCGGUUUCUUUACAAAGAUCUUUAAUUCGGUCGGGUUCGAUAUGCACCCGGAAGGAUCUGUUGACCCAUGGUCUUGGCAGAAAGGUGUUCAUAAAUUCGGUUGGUUUCUUACGUGUAAAAAGAAGUGGGAAUGCCACUAGCAGUAGCCAAUCGUUUGAUUUGCUAGAUGAUACAAGAAUUCACCCGGAGUCGUAUAAUUUAGCUGAGGAAUUGGCUAAAGAGAUUUAUCGUGCAGAUGCCCAAGAUGAUGUAGCUGUGAAUGAUGAUGAUGAUGAUGUCAUCGAGACAGCAAUGGAGCAUGUGAGGGAAAAUCCGGACCUAUUGAAGAGUCUUGACAUUGACUCAUAUGCCAAAUCCAAGAAACGGGAAGAUAAAAAAGAGACUUUUAACCUUAUAAAACAAGAACUGAUAAACGGGUUUCAAGAUUGGCGAAGAGAGUAUGUAGAACCGAGUCAGGACGAGGAGUUCUUGAUGAUUUCUGGGGAGACGGAGAGCACGCUUUCGGAAGGAAGAAUCGUGCGGGCUACGGUCCGUCGUGUGCUACCUCAGAGGGCGAUAUGUAGUCUUGAGUCCGGGUUGAGUGGUAUGCUCAACAAGGAAGAUUAUAGUGAUGAUUUAAACGAUGAAGAGUUGACUGAGAAGUUGAAGGAAGGUGAUGUUUUGACUUGCAAGAUCAAGUCAGUUGUGAAAGAUAGGUAUCAGGUUUACCUUAGUUGUAAGGAAAAUGUUAUGAGGAGUAAGUGGGUGUCGCAAAAUGACAAACCCGUGGAUCCGUAUUAUAAUGAAGUUCGCGACAGUUCAGGGGAAAAGCCUCCGACUCCGAGUGGUAGUAGUAGUAGUAGUAAAGUUAAGGAGAUAACAAAGAAGCUUUUCAAGCCAAGAAUGAUUGCUCAUCCUCGCUUCAAGAAUGUUACUAUAGAUGAAGCCAUAGAGUUACUGGCGGAGAAAGAAGCCGGUGAGAGUGUUUUCCGGCCUAGCUCUCGUGGAGCCUCAUAUUUAACGUUAACACUCAAAGUCUACAACGGGGUGUAUGCUCACAAGGACAUUCUAGAAGGUGGAAAAGAGCAUAAGGACAUUACAAGCUUGCUUCGUCUUGGGAAAACACUUAAAAUAGGAGAGGAUGUGUUUGCUAACCUUGAUGAGGUAAUUGCGGGAUAUGCGGAACCCUUGGCAGGACAUUUGAAGAAAAUGUUAGGCUACCGGAUGUUUAAGCAUGGGACAAAAGCUGAAGUAGAUGAGAUAUUGAGGAAGGAAAAGUCGGAGCACCCUUCAAGAAUUGUUUAUUCUUUUGGUGUCUCUCAUGAACAUCCGGGGACAUUCAUUCUGACAUACAUAAGGACUUCCAACGCGCAUCAUGAGUAUAUUGGAUUGUAUCCAAAAGGGUUUAGAUUCCGGAAGAAUAUGUUUGAGGAAGUUGAUCGGUUGGUAACAUAUUUUCAACAACAUAUUGAUGAUCCCCGUGAACGUCCUGGGGAUUCUGCUGGCUGGGGCGGGGGCGGUGAUGAUGGUGGUGGUCGUGGCAGGGGAAGAGGAGGAAGAGGUAGGGGGCGGGGGAGAGGGCGUGGACGUGGCAGGGGAAAUGAUUCUGAGAAUGAAAACCAGGAUUCAGGUUAUGGAGAUGGUGGUGGCAGCAGUUGGGGUGGGGGUGGUGGUGGAGGUGGCGGCAGUAGUUGGGGUGGGGGUGGUGGUGGUGGUGGCAGUUGGGGGCAAAAGGCUUCUGAUUCAGGUGAUGCCAACAAGGAUGCAGAUGAUAGUGGGUGGGGUGGCAGCAAGAAAAGUACUCAGGCAGGAGAAAGUGGUGGAUGGUCUGGUGGUGCAAGUGGUGGUUGGGGACAGAAAAGUAACAAUUCUGGUUCAGGAGAUGCCAACAAGGAUGCAGAUAGUGGUGGGUGGGGUGGCACUAAGAAAAGUACUGAUGGUGGUGGAUGGUCUGGUGGCGGUGGCGAUGGAAGUUGGGGGAAGAAGAAUAGUGGUGCUGAUGAUUCAAACAAGGAAGCUGAUAGCGGUGGGUGGGGUGGCAGCAAGAAAAGUACUGGUGGUGAUGCAGGUGGUGGAUGGUCUGGUGGCGGUGGCGGUAGUUGGGGACAGAAGAAUAGUGGUGCUUCUGGUUCAGGCGGUGCCGACAAGGAUGCAGAUAGUACUGGGUGGGGUGGAGGCAAGAAAAGUGCUGGUGGUGAUGCAAGUGGUGGUUGGUCCAGUGGUGGGGGGGCAGGUGGCGGUGGCGGUGGCAGCAGUUGGGGACAGAAGAAUAGUGGUGCUUCUGGUUCAGGCGAUGCCAACAAGGAUGCAGAUAAUACAGGGUGGGGUGGCGGAAAGAAAAGUACCGGUGGUGGAUGGUCCGGUGGCGGUGGUGGCAGUUGGGGACAGAAGGAUAGUGGUACUUCUGGUUUAGGCGGUGCCGACAAAGAUGCAGAUAGUACUGGGUGGGGUGGCAGCAAGAAAAAUACUGGUGGUGGUGAUGCAAGUGGUGGAUGGUCUGGUGGAGGUGCAAGUGGCGGUGGUGGUGGCAGUUGGGGGCUGAAGAAUAGUGGUUCUUUUGGUUCAGGCGAUGGCAACAAGGAUGCAGAUGGUACUGGGUGGGGUGGCAGCAAGAAAAGUACUGGUGGUGGUGCAAUUGGCGGAUGGUCUGGCGGUGGUGGUGCAAGUGGUGGCAGUGAUGAUGGUGAAAGUGGUGGAUGGUCUGGUGGUGGUGGUGGCCGUGGUGCAAGUGGUGGAUGGUCUGGUGGUGGUGGUGGUGGCCGUGGUGGUCGUGGUGGCCGUGGUGGAUGGUCUGGAGGUGGUGGUGCAAGUGGCGGCAGUGAUGGCGGUGAAAGUGGUGGAUGGUCUGGUGGUGGUGGCCGUGGUGGAUGGUCUGGUGGUGGCAGCCGUGGUGAUGGUGGUGGUGGUCGUGGGGGAUGGUCUGGAGGUGGUGGUGCAAGUGGCGGCAGUGACGGCGGUGAAAGUGGUGGAUGGUCUGGUGGUGGCGGUGGCCGUGGUGGAUGGUCUGGUGGCAGUGGCCGUGGUGGAUGGUCUGGAGGUGGUGGCCGUGGUGGUGGCGGCAGUGCUGGUGGUGGUGGUUGGGGGUCGAAAAAUAACAGUGCAUCUGGCUUAGGUGACGCCAACAAGGAUGCAGAUAACAACAGUGGAUGGGGUAAGAAAAGCUCUGGGGGUGGUGGUUGGUGAUGGUGAUGGUAAAUGGUAAUGGUAAAUCUGGUAUAUCUUAUUUUCUGACUUGACUUUUCUUUUAGGAUAUGUUUUAAUGUUUAUGCGGAAAUUCGGAUCCUAUUUAUUCUACCCGUCUUUUGUUGAAAUCAAAUCCAAUGGCAAUGUAGUAGUUUGUACAA